AUGGGCUCAGAGCAGCAUAGAUUUCCUCAGCAGGAACAGAGGAAAAGGUGGGGAGGAUGUUUAGGAGUGUUCUCAUGUUUCAAGUCUCAAAAAGGAGGAAAACGUAUUGUGCCUGCGUCUCGGAUCCCUGAAGGAGGCAAUGUCUCAGCUUCACAACCUAAUGGAGCUCAUCAUCAUCAAGCUGGUGUCUUAACUAACCAAGCUAACGGAGGAGUCAAUCCAUCUCUUUUAGCUCCACCUUCCUCUCCUGCUUCCUUCACCAAUUCAGCUCUUCCUUCAACCGCUCAAUCACCAAACAACUACUUAUCUCUCGCUGCAAACUCUCCUGGAGGUCCUUCAUCGAGCAUGUACGCCACUGGACCAUACGCUCACGAAACACAACUCGUCUCUCCUCCUGUAUUCUCCACAUUCACCACUGAGCCAUCAACUGCUCCUUUCACUCCUCCUCCAGAGCUUGCACAUCUCACCACUCCUUCCUCACCUGAUGUGCCUUACGCUCGCUUCUUGACUUCUUCCAUGAACUCUGGCAAGAGCCAUUUCCCAAACGAUCUUCAAUCCACAUACUCUCUUUACCCCGGAAGUCCAGCGAGCACUCUUAGAUCACCGAUCUCUCGAGCUUCAGGAGACGGUUUACUCUCGCCUCAGAACGGUGGUUAUGACACAAACGGAGCCUCCACGCCUCUGCAGGAGUCAAACUUCUUCUGUCCUGCAACGUUCGCCAAGUUUUACCUCGAUCACGACCCUUCUGUUCCUCAAAACGGUGGAAGAUUGAGUGUGUCCAAGGACUCAGAUGGAUAUGGAGGAAAUGGCAGCCAGAACAGACAGACGAGAGUUCCUAAGCAAGACAUGGAGGAGUUAGAAGCUUACAGGGCUUCCUUUGGUUUCAGUGCAGAUGAAAUCAUCACAACUAGUCAGUACGUAGAGAUCACUGACGUGAUGGAUGAUUCUUUACGCACAGCUGCGUCUGCUGCUUACUCGCCUAGCGAUGGACAAAAGCUGCUUAGAAGAGAAGCGAAUCUGCUGAGUCAAACAAGCUCCAAGUCAGAAACUGAUGUUGAUUCACAAGUUGUAGACUUUCAUUCACCAAAAGGAUCAUCAAACGGCUACAAAGAUCACAAACCAAGAAAACACAGGAUCCACGCAGAUGAAGAGGCACUGUUAUCAAGAGUGGGGUCUGUGAAAGGAAACAGAAGCUAUCCUGCUGGUUUCUCAAGCUCUGAUGCAGAGAUCGAAUACAGAAGAGGAAGAAGCUUAAGAGAAGGCAGAGAGAACAGACACAGGAUAGGCUGA